UAAAUACUUUCGUUCACUUGAUUACAAGAUUUAUAAUUUAAAAACUGUGAAAUGAACGAAGCAAAAUAAAAAAUCGAACGUUAUAAACGUUCUCUUGCAAUGGGCAUAGCCCAAUUAAAAACAUUUUCUUUUUUUUAUACAUAUACUUUAAAUAAAUAUAACAAAACGAAUAAAAGUAACAAAAAUCAUAUAUGAAUAAGUUAAAUAGUUCAUUUAAUAUUCGAAAUCAUAAACAAAGUGAAAUAUGUGCAAUAAUUUAGAAAAAUUUCUAUAAGAAAUUUAAUAAGCUACAGCAAAACUUAAUCAAUAUCAAUGUAGUUAGUGAAAUAAAAAAUAAAAAAAAAAUAAUAAUAAUAGUAAUAAUAAACGAAGACAAUAGAAAUCUCAAACACUUUGUAGACCAAUCAUACAAUUGGAGCCAAGCAUUAAAAAGAUUGAAUCAAUAUAAAGACUUUUUAAUACAUUGAAUUGGAUACGAAUCACAUCAAAUCAUUUACCGCCAACUCGAACAAAUCUCAACGCCCACCAAGUCACAGAGAGAGAGAGAGAGAGAGAGAGAGAGAGGGAGAAAAAGAGAGAGAGGGAAAAGGUACGGAGAGAGAGAGAGAGAGCAAGUGAUAACAGCUUACAAAAACGGAAUUAAUUUGAAUUAAAGCAGAGCCCACCUGAAAUUCAAACCCAAUACAACCUGCCAAAAUUAUUUAUAUCCAAAAUUACGCCCACGGAAGCGCAUGUCCAGAGUCAAUAACAAUAACAGCAGCAGCCAAUUUCGUCGGAAUAUUUGUUUUUUAACUUCUGGUCGCAUUGGAAAAAAAUAAAGAAAUAUUAUUGAAAAAAAAAAAAAAACCAGAGCUUUCAGCAUGGAACAGUCUUCAGUGUGGAUAAAAACGCGUCGUCAGGAACAAACUGAAUCAGCAGCAGCAGCAGCAACAACAAUUGCAACAAUGUCUAGAUCCAGGAUAACAACAUACGCAACGGCAACACAAGGAUUAAACAGCAUUUGGUCGCAGCUCUAUGCUUUUGUUGUUGUUGUUGUUGUAGCUCUUUCACUGCUGCUAAAUUGCCAGGUCUGUCAAGGAGCAGGACGAGCACCACCGGAACCCUACUAUGGCCGCUACAUUGGACAGUUUACGAACUUUGCUCAUGGCAUUAAGGGCUCCAUUUAUGCCGUGGACGAGUCAACGCUGUUUGUUAAAUCCUUUGCCUAUGAUGGCACCGGACCGGAUGCCUUCUUCUGGGUGGGCAAAACGGCUAGACCAUCGCCCGAGGGCUAUAUAAUACCCUAUCCGGAGGAAUAUACCGGCUCUGAUCCGCCCGUUCUGCAGGCGCACAACAAUACGGACAUCAUACUGCGUUUACCCAUGGGCAAAAGGAUUAAGGACAUUCGAUGGCUCUCGGUAUGGUGCAGACGCUUUACGGUCGAUUUCGGUGAAGUCUUCAUACCGCCGGGUUUAGAUGUGCCCAAGCCUCGAGUACUGCCAGAGUUUAGACGCUUGGCCCACGGACUUCGCUCCAGCAACAUAAGCGUUCUGGACGCCAAAACCUUUUAUAUUCCCAAUCUGCACUAUGAUGGCGCCGGACCCGAUGCCUAUUUCUGGGUGGGCAAUGGCAGCGAACCGAAUAUUAUGGGCAUUAAGGUACCCAAUGAGGUAGGAUCAUUGGACCCGUUGCGUGGCUACCAGGGCGAGGAUAUCGAGAUUCAAUUGCCCGGCAGUUUGACCGUUUACGACAUUGAUUGGCUGGCGGUAUGGUGCGUGGAGUACAGACACAACUUUGGACAUGUCUUCAUACCCAAAGACCUGGAUGUGCCGCCUGCAUUGGGCCAGACGAAAAUUACGCCAUCAUGGUGGUAUUCACCCACAACAACAACACCGCGGCCCGUCUACUCCAAUUGUCGUGAGAUUCUGCCGAAUAAGCUGCAGGUUAAGUGGGAGCUCCAGGGCGAAUACGUGCAGAUCGAACUAUUCGGACGCAUCAGCGAGGAUCAGUAUAUGGCCUUCGGUCUAUCCGGAGCCAACGGGCGCCCACAAAUGGCCCAGUCCGACGUUGUGGUGGCUUUCUACGAUUCGAACGCUCGAGUGUUCCGCGCUGAAGACUAUUUUAUCUCCGAUCUAUCCCAGUGCGACGGCCAACGUGGCGUCUGUCCGGAUGAGCGACUUGGCGCACGCAACAACGUGGUUGUGGUUAGUGGAGAUCGCAAAGGCGGCGUCACCAGCAUUCGCUACAAGCGCCUGCUGCAGACCAAUGAAGCCAUCUACGACAUGCCCAUACCCAUCGAUCGCGAGGUGUCGAUCAUUGCGGCCGUAGGACCACUCAAUGCCCGCAAGGAGGCCAACGCCCACUCGCACACUGCCAGCGAUCACAAUCCCGACGACAUUCGCAUCAACUUCUCGAAGCGGAACGAUCACUCGUGUAAGAACUCGCUGUAUGAUAUCAAGGACGAGAGCGGCCCCAAACCGUGGCCUACGCUCAAGAUCAAAGGGGAGCAGAGGUUCCGCGCUAGCAUUGGAGCCACAGGGGGCAAGCGUGGAUAUACAGCGAUUACGGGCAUACCUUCAUGGGGCAUUGCCUGGUACAUCAACGAUCUUCUGAUUCCCGAAAUAACUGUGGAACGUGGCUUGACCUAUGAGUUCAUAAUCGAAGGCGGCAACGAUCCUGCACAGCCAGCCAGAUAUCAUCCAUUUUACAUCACGGACUCACCAGAGGGUGGUCUGGGCCAAAAGACUGGACUAGAGGCCCGCAAGCAGAAGGCCUAUGCGGGAGUUGAAUACGAUGAAGACGGCAAUGCGAUACCCACUGGCGUGGGUCGAUAUUGCGAAUGGGAGCAUCGAACUGUAGAUCGUUCAGCUGAAUUCGAUAACUUUGAGCAGUUCAAGAGCACACUGGUCUUCAAGUGUGAGGAUGGUGAGCCAGGCUAUAUGAACUGGACGGUGCCUAUGGAUGCGCCUGACACACUAUAUUAUCAGUGCUUUACCCACAAUAAUCUGGGCUGGAGGAUAAACGUGGUGGAUGCCGGCGCAAGCACAGCAUCUACGACACUUCAGCUCGAACGGAACCAAUUGUUCUUCUACAUGAUGUUAACCGUCUUCAGCCUGGUUGUUACAAGAUCUAGAUUGACAAAUUGUUUGCUGGCUUGACAGCCAGAUUGUCAGUAAACUGCUGUUUAGGGGUGUUUCAAGAUCUUUUGUUAGACAAGGUGAUUGCUUUGAGCAUAUCUAGAAUACUCUAUCUACAUAUCCUGAACCAUGUUGAAAGUCUUUCUUAAACGAUAAUAUAAUUUCAUCAACUAUUUAAAUAUAAAAUUCAACGAUCGCCAAAAAAAAAAACAAGGAUCUUGAAACAUUGAGAAGAAUAACAAUGCAACCAGGCUAAUAUCAUCUGAGAAAAACAUAUCUUCAUCAUAAUUAUUAAGGUGUAAAACUGUUGAAAACUAUAGUACGUGGGUGUGUGUAAAUGGCAGAGGUGCAUACUUACUGCACCUAGUGUAGCUGUAGGUAUACAGGUAGUAAUCGCAGAAAUACAUGCAGUAAGGCCAAUGGAUCGUGCUUAGGAUUGAACGAAUGGAUGCGCAGAGGAAACUCUUUGUAUAUUUACGUAUAUUGAACUCUACUUUUUUACGUGUCUGCAAUGGGAAUACGAAACUUACUUAUACACUUACAUUUAAAGUAAAACUUGUAAUUUUUCUAGAAAAAACUACUACUUAUACACAUACACGCAUACAUAUAUAU